CUUACGAUUUUGAGCCCCUAUUCAAUUCCUUCACCUUCAGGAUUUCCAAUAUCUCUCUCUCCCCAAUGGCCACCGCGACGGUAUCUAAAGUCGAAAACCCUAAAACCACCACAGACCUCAAUUUAGCGCCAUCGCCCGUUGAAGAUGCCUUAUCGACUCAGCAACUUUCUGAACUUCCAGGCGACCAAACGAAGGCGACUCCGGAUGCGGCGGCUGCGAAAACCAGCGAUGUAGACGGAUGCGAUGCGGCCACGGAUAUUCAGAAGAAGAUGAAGCGUGCGGAGCGGUUUGGGAUGCCGGUAAACCUUUCGGAAGAGGAGAAGCGCAAUUCUCGAGCCGAGAGGUUUGGUAAAGCUUCUGGUGCUGAUGGAUUGGAUUCAUCAAAGCAAUCAGAAGAUCUGAAAAGGAAGGCUAGAGCAGAGAGGUUUGGGAUUACCAAACCCGUAUCAGCUGUAUCGGCUGAUGAGGAAGCUAAGAAAAAAGCUAGACUUGCUAGGUUUGGGUCAACUCCUGUGACUGAUUUAGCAGAGGAAGAUAAAAAGAAAGCAAGGGCACUCAGAUUUUCGCAGCCUCAGUCUAGCCCGAAGGCAAAUGGAGAAGGAAAUAUUGAGGUGAAGACAGCAAUAUCUGGCAAAGCUGUUGGAGGAACCUAAAUAAAUAUUGGUCUAUAAUCGAUAGAUGGGUAGGUUAGGGUAAUGUCUUCAACUCCCCUGCUACCCUCUUGCUGACAACCUGACAUGAACACCCGUUUGCAUAGCCAUCCGUGAUUGACAAGUGAUUUUUGUUUUAUGUAAUUUGGACUCCUUUUGUUAUGGGUUCUUGGCCUGCAACAUUCAACAACCACCUCCUCUAUGUCAGUGCUUUUGAAUCGGCAUGCCAUCCAUUUCAAAAAUUUAAUGCAUUAAAAGGUCUUUUAGAUGUGUAGUUCUAUGUAAUUUUCAGCUUUUUUCUCCUUCUCAUACAUGCAUCUUGUUGUCUGACCGCUAGCAUUGAUAGGCAUGAGUACUUUUGUAUGAACUGGAUAACAAGUGGUCAUAUUGGUCCAUGUGAAGUCUUCUGUUAGGUGUUGUUAGAAUGUGUUUGAUCUAAUAUUUGCUACCUUGACUUGUCAUUGUGCUUGUAGUUUGCUAUAUGCCCACCUGUGGCUUGCUUAUGUGGAAGUGACUGAUAAAAUCUUGAUUGAUGAUAUGCGUUUCAAAUCGUUGCUGUUUAGAGAUAUUUAAAAAAGUAUCAACUUUUGAUAAGGUUAAUGCUGGUUUACUCAACGGCCCUUUUUUCUUCUCCCUAUGUUAGUGAUUUUGUGCUAUUUUUCCAGAAAAUUUCUGAGAAGUAUUUGGUCUGAUAGAUUUUCCGGUAGUAUCAGUUAAAAUGAUUUUAAACCUUCUAGUUUGUUUGAUGUUUUGGUAGUUCUGUUAUUUAAAAUUUGGAUGAUGGUUAAAUAUUUUCUUAUCAUAUGGUGAUUUUGAAAUGGUUGGCUCGUCCUUGAGAUGAAAUGCCGUUCAGGAGGUGGUCUGUGGUUGUUGACCAUGUAUGGUCAUGCCAGGUGAAUUAGCUAAAUGCUAAUUGAAUCUGCAGGAAAUAGUUGUUGCAAUGCUAGCAAGGUUUCUUUUAUUUUCAGGUAGUAAUUCCUAAUUAGCAAUGCAAGUUAGCAUGGAAUGCUUGGUGAACUUGUAAUAGUUUGGUUGGUCGGCUAGAGGGAUGUUUCCAGAUCUUUCUAUAUACCAUCUGUUUCUAUUAUGGAUGA